GCUUAUAACUCUCUUCAAAAUAAUGCCUUGCGGCUGGGAACACAUUUUUGGGAUCGGCGUUUCAAGCGAUUCUUGAUGUGUACGUUUCUUUUUGGAAGGGGAGAGCUAGAUGCCUUCCGUUGUCGGAUGUACGGUACCGCUAGUCGAUGUAAUCCGCUACUUCGUGGUAAAGCAUGUUGAAGUCUAUAUUUAGAAUCGAUAUUAAGUAGAGCUCAGAUAUCUUCGUUGCGCAUAUGCGGUAGCCGUUGUUUAUCGCACCGAUCUAAUCUAUAUUUCCAUCCACUUCCUUCCACCAUGUUCAUUAUUGGAAUUUUGAUUUUAAUGUCUACCUCAAGUGCGGAGAGUCCGCUGGAUUUUGCGAAGCCAUCACGUGAUGGAAAUCGCUUUGCCAAUCCUCCAUCCUUCAAAAAUUGGACUGGCGUCCCCACUUUUUGGAAUAUAAUCAAAUGGAGAGUUUCGGAAACAGACCACUCCAAUAUACCCGACGAAAAGAAAAUAUUGGAUGAAACUAUCCCUGUGCACAGUAUAACCGAGUUCGAGUCGAAAAACAAAUCGAGCAUGUUUGCUACAUGGCUGGGACAUGCUACAGUUCUUGUGGACAUGGAAGGAAUACGAUUUAUCACUGACCCAGUUUGGUCUAAACGAGCGUCGUUUUUCCAGUGGUUCGGGCCUAAACGCUAUCGUCCACCUCCAAUGAAAAUUGAAAACCUACCCAAGUUGCAUUUCGGAGUCAUCUCUCACGAUCACUACGAUCAUCUCGACUCCGACGCUGUCGUGAGAAUUAAUGAACUGAAUCCAUCUAUGCGAUGGUUUGUACCUCUUGGUAUGCAGGAAUGGAUGGAAUCAAUUGGCAUUCAAAACUCACCUCUGAAUCCAAAAAAGGUUACAGAAUUGGAAUGGGGUGAAAAUGAGUCAUUCCACACUGAAGGUAAAGAUGUGACCGUAUGGUGCGUGCCUGCUCAGCAUUGGGGACAAAGAGGUGUUUUCGACAGAAAUAAGAGACUGUGGUCUGGAUGGGCGGUGAUGACACCAAACCGUCGUUUCUAUUAUACCGGCGACACAGGUUUCUGCGAAGAUGAGUUCAGGAAGGUUGGAAAACACUUCGGCCCGUUUGAUCUUGCAGCUAUCCCCAUCGGUGCAUAUGCUCCACGGUGGUUUAUGAGAUCGCAGCACAUCGAUCCACACGAAGCUGUAGCCGUACACGAGCUUGUAAGAUCCAAAUUCUCAUUGGGAAUUCAUUGGGGAACUUAUCAUAUGGGUUCCUACGAAUACUACCUCGAGCCCAAAAAUGUACUCAAGGAUAUCAUGAAAAACAGGACUGAUCUCCCACCAUUUCUGACUCUCGAAAUGGGUCGAAUAUGGGAAGAAGGUGAAAGCGAGGAGGAAACCACGUCAUCAUGAACCGUUAAACGAAGAUUAUUAUGUAAUUUUCAAAUAAUUCGCUACGGCCAUGGCUCCAAAAAAUCAUAACAGCAAUAAAGAUUUUAUUUUUCUAA